AUGGACCAGCUGCUGCCUAUUGUCGCAGGUCUGCGCUGGAACAUGCUGGGCCUCAUGCGUUGCGGACCACGUCAGCUGAGCGAGUAUCGGGAUGAGGUUGAUGGUCUGCUCCCUGCCCAAGAUGUUGAGAGAUGGAAGCAUAAUAUUCUAGAUUUUGAUGAUCUGACUGUAGAACAAAAGGAGUGCCAAGAAUGUAUCUUCGUUGAGGAAGAAACCAAGGCUCCAUUCUAUGCAUUUGAAGACGGAGACAUCGAGAUGCUCUACCCUGACUUGUUCCAUGUGCAAGAAGAGGAUAGAGCAAAGGAUGCAGUUGAUGAGAUGGUGGCAGAUGUCGCAGAGCACGCAUAUAGAGCUACUAAAGGCGUGGCUGAUCAAAUGGAUACCGAAGAGGCUUCAAAUCAGUGGUCUCCUGCUGGCGUCUCAGACUAG